UGGGACAGAGAAAAAUAUAAAGAUUUAGGCUUUUGAUGGUUCGAAGGAUUCAUAUUUUUUUCCUUCACAAAUGUGGUUCAAAACUCAUCAACUUGCGAGACAUGAAAUUAAUCAUAGGUCCGUCGUAAAAAAAAUUAAAUGGGGAAAAGCUCAUAGCAGCUGGGUCUAAACCCAAUUAUUUACUUAUCCCCUGACUACGACAAUAUAUAUAUAUAUAUAUAUAUAUAAAAGUACUUAUCACCAAUUUUUGCGUAAGGUAAGUAAUUUUCCUAAAUUAAUUACUUGUGGUGUAUGUAUCAAAAUGAUUGGCGAAGUAGACAAACGUCACUCAGCUCUGAGCCAUGAUGAGUAAAAGAGACUGUGUAAAAUCGGCGCGCCAAGCCAAUACCAGCAGACUAGCAACACGUAAGCAAGAUCUUUAGAAUAUUAUUGGUUGCUCGCACGAUUGUACACCAGAGUGGCUGACACGUGUUCCAUGAUGAUUCCACCUGGUGUUUUUUCUUCAUGACUAAGCUUGGAAAAUUACAAGACCCUUGAGCUUAUGUCAUCUCCAAUUUUUACCCUUUUCAAAAGCCAGUAGGACCCACCCCACUAGUGCAGCCUGACUCAAAAGUUAACUGGCUCCACACUGUCAAUUGACCAAAAUAUCCCUCUGUGGACCACCACCCAAGCCCCCUGGGCUCCUCCAUAAAUACGGGCCUCCUUGCUCUCGUUCCUUCCCUUUUCCCCUUCUUCCUAUCCUAUCUCCUAUAUUCUAAAAUCUCCGGCCAUGUUGUCUGCUUUUCCGGCCAUGAUUUCAGCCACCGACGGUUUCUACGGGAACCCUCUGCCGGCCUUUGAAGGUGGUUUCUCUCCUUGGUAUUGCCAAGACCAAGACCCACCUUUUCCCUUCCCACAACAAGAUGACCAGCCCAUUUUCUCCCCCUUGGAACAACCCCAAGAACCGGUCAUAUCCAACUCCGGUUCUGACACCGGUUUGGAAAACUCCAGCCCCUUAGCUGUAGACUCUGUGUCGGGUUCGGAUGACCCGGGCCAAAACACAGGAAACACAAGCACAAACUGUGCCGGGUCGGACCCACCCGUUGAGUCGGCGGUGGUGGACGAGCGUAAGCGGAGGCGGAUGCUGUCGAACCGGGAAUCGGCUCGGAGGUCCCGGAUGAGAAAACAGAAACAUUUGGAGAACUUGAGGAAUCAGGUGAACCGGCUUAAGGUUGGGAACCGUGAACUAAUGAACCGGCUCCGGGUGGUGACCCAUCACUUUGACCUCGUACGGAGUGAUAACGAACGGCUCCGGUCGGAGUCGAUUAUCCUCCGGAGACGACUUUGGGAUAUGCGCCAAGUGUUGCUAGUCCGGCAACUUCAACACCAACUGGCGGCUCCCGCCACUCCGGCCAUUAAUCCCUCUGCAUGGCCAUGCAAUAAUUUUACGUCCCCCAACGAGGAAACAAUCUCACCACAAUCCUUAAUCACUUGAAAAAACCGUAUAUAAGAAUCAUCAGUUAAAGCGCAUAUUUACUAAGCUUUAAAAACCAAUAAGCAACAAAAGCAAAUUAGAAUCAUCACGCUAUCUCUCUACGCUCCCUACUUAGUCUCUUUUUUUCUUUUUUUCUCGCUGUAAAUUAAAGCUCAAUAGUUAUAUACUAGAUGGAAAGUGAUAUAGGCGUCAUAACUAAGGUAUUUUUGAACAUGGGUUAGUCGGGAAUUUUUCUUUCCUUGUUUCUCUUCCAAUUUUCCCUUUUUCCCUUCUUUUUUGGGUCUUAUUAUGGGGACAACGCCAGCAGAAGCUAGCAGAGUCAUCAUUUUGUAAAGAGUCGCUCAAGGUUUUGGCAAUGGUUUUGUUCAUUGUCGUUACUUAUAUAUAUUAGAUUUAUAUAAUAAAUGGAAGUCUUCUUGUGUUAAUAUAUAUUAUUAGUAAGUACGAAGCUGCGUUUCUAUUUGCAUUAUGUUACUAAAAUUCCUACGCGUUUUGUACGUACGUCUAACCCCACUCUCGAACCCAAUCGUACAAUCCAAAAUACCAUUUGCUGAUUUUGAUUUCAUUGUCUCGAACAAUCACAAUAACAACGAGAAUUGACGAUUUUGCCGAACUAUCGGAAUACUGCCGAUCUUCGCCAUAAAAUUACCUUUGAUCACGACUCCAAGGGGGGAUGAAUUAUGUAAUUUAUUAGCUAGCUCCAUAUUUUACAAGCUGAGGCGUAUUUAUAGAGACACAAAUAUAUUGACUUUACCACAGCCGGCCUGCGAU